ACAUGUUGGCGUAAUCCAGAAAAAAAAAACAAAGCCAUCAAACAUUGUCAUCGGUAACGAAACCGAAAGUGGUGGGAACCAUAAUUGCACUCAUGCAGACAAUACUAAUAAUUUCAAAGAGUUUGAUGUUGUUAUUGUUGUGCGGCGUUACAUAUUAGGAUCUGGACCAUUGUUUAUUUGUCGUGAACAGAACAGUGUGUGCAUCGUUGUUAGUGGAUAAUUUAGUUAGAAUAUAAGAUGCUGUUAACAACCAUAUGGAUUUGCUUCUUCAUUUCUUCAUCCCUAGCAAUUGAAGAACCUAUUAGAGCACAGAAUCUAAAGCCACGGCAUUUCAAUCCACAUCCCUUCCAGAAUAACCCCAACAGAAGGUCGGAUAGAGUAGGUCCUGUAGUCUUUAAUGAGAACCAAUCUCUUCAACGUCCUCCACCAGUCCAGGAUGUUCCUUAUCUGAAGGUGGUCAAGAAAUACAAGAAGAAGAAAGUAGGGAGAUUUGACGUUGAGGAAGAAAAGAUUAAUCCUCAACUACAGCAAGCUCUAGCAAAGCAUGGUGCUAAAGUGCUUAAACUCCCUCCAGAAAAGUUGGCCAGAGAUCAUAUUCCAUUUGUUAGAGAAAUCGAAAAACACCAUCCCAACUACGCAUUUUCGUACAAAGUACUAGACCAUUCCUCUGGCGACGACUUCUCCCAUUCCCAAGUCCAGGAUUCCAGGACUACAAACGGAGAAUACCGCGUUAAAUUACCAGACGGCAGACUCCAAAUUGUCUCCUACACUGCGGACCAAAACGGUUACAAAGCAGAUGUGAAGUAUAUGGAAAGUGAGGAUAUUAACAACAAUGUUUACCAUCCACCUCCCGUAUACCACCAAAUUCAGCGCAUACCGAUUCGAGAACGCGCGCCUGUUAAAGCAACAAGAAAACACUACUACAACGAUGUACGAGCCAUUAACCAUCAUCAUGAAUUGACCAAAUUUAGUUCAAUCGUACCAACUGCAGUUCCGGUACCAGACAGCUACGAUCGGUACGAAGGAGACUACGGAAACAUUCUAGUGACGCCGAGUCCUGGAUAUUCCAACGGAAUUGCUGCUAAUGCCCAGCUUCCACUUCCACUAAACGUUCAAAUCUUCACCACCAACGCCAGGGAUUACCACAACCCAGGUAGCUACGUCCCGAUCGUAGCCAGUACUCCGCACACUUACCACGCGAAAGACAUCAGCCACUACCGCCAGAAUCCUAUCCUACCAGAGAUCAUCAACAACGGAGACCAAGGAAUCGUCCUUCCUCUCUCGACACCUUCGUCGUUCGUGCUGACAGACCAGCACGGACAAGUCAUCGAUAAUAUUAAGUUGGUGACAAGUACAGCCGUGCCUUAUGUGGUGUCUUCUACUCCGAUGCCUCAUUUCGUGACGAUUCAUUCCACAGCUUCGCCAUCCAGGAGUUAUUAGAUACUUUUUAAUGCAGCUGACCAUUUGGUUAAGUCAACAAGGUGUAUCGUUCUUUUACCAUAUACUACAAAAUCUAACUAAACUUUAACCUGUAACAGUUGAUUUUUCAUAUAUUUGGCCUUUCAUGGGCCAAAAAGUAUGAAUAUUAGUUUUUUUUUUUCUAAAAGGUUGUUCUCCGUGUACAUUACGAUAUGUUUUGGCCUUUAUUUGGACUUAGUCAGACAAUACUUUUAUACCUACGCUUGUUCAAUUGAAAAUCAUCAUUAUUCAGGUUAGCCUUGGAAAUAAUUGUAAUCACUCAACCCAAACCUCUAUAACGAAACUUUGAAGAAGCUCCAUCAAGCAAUAUAACGAAAACCAGGGACGGUCUCACGUGGUGUCUUUCUUCUGUAUGACAACGCUUAGUUUCAAAGGUUGUCAAAGUAUACCUAGUGGAUGUUGAGUAGUAGGUGUCCAUCCUAUUAUCCCGAUUUAUCGCCUUGUGAUUUUUACAUCUUUGGCUCACUGAAAAAGGCGCUAAAAGGUAAUUGUUUUCAGUCGGACGAAGAAGUACAAAAUGGUGUAAAAGAAUUCUUCGAGCAACAGCUACAAGAAUUUUUUAAGCUGGAUAUACAUCGGUUGCUGAAACAAUAGGAUAUAUGUGCCUUUAUUGUAGCGGUAAUUAUUUGUAGAUAUUUGCCAAUACAGUUUUUCUGUGCAAAAGAUGGAACAAGCCUCGUACGUAUAUCAAGACAAACUUAAGAGAUAGAAAUUUUCUACUUGACAACUUUUCUGGUCAUCCAAGGUAGAUGACACUAAGAGUGUUCAGGAAUCCUGCCUUUUGAGUCUGUCAUAGAUCUCCCAUUACCUGAUGAAGCCCAAAUAUAGGUUGUAAAAUAUAGUAUUAACAAAGAGCAAAUUUUUAGACAGGAAGGAAGGUCUUUCAUUCCUUCUUGUGCUUAUUUCAAAUAGUUUUCUCAGCGACUGCUCCUCUUAUCAUACUUGUAUUUACCUAUACUAGAGCAAAUCUCCAUCAGCUUCACUGAAUUGAUGCAACAUUAUACUCACAAUGCGCCUCAUUUUCAUACAAAUCAAAAAUUUGUUUAUUUAUAGUUAUAAAAUAUUAAAAGUUAUUGAUAAGAUUUUUUUAUACAAUAUAGAUUUAGUCCUAAUGGAAA